UGACUAUUUUCAAUAGCAUGAGAGAUGGACAUUUAUACAGUGGUACCAGCUAGUUAGAUAAAAGACUUUGAUGUUAAACUCCCUCAUUAUUAUUGCUGUCAUUAUAGUUAAGAAUGAUUCUUUUUUUUCUGAGUGAAUAAUUUAGCCACCAACUCCAACGGUUCAGUAAAAGAAACUAGCCUUACUCUUAAUGGUAAUGUUUUUCAAGUCAUACAAGUGUUCAAUGCCACUAAAGUUAAGUUCUAAUGUCUCUUUAUAUGUGAAGAUGGUAGAUAAGUGUGCUUUUUGAAACUUGCUUUAUUCUUCACCAAAAUGAUAUCUCCUUGCUCUUUUUUGUGAUGUGAUGCUUCACUCUAUGAUGUAUUCUUGGUAUUCCAAAGGUGAAUUUCUUACCAAGGAAAGGAUGAAGAGCAGUUAAGCUUAUAACUUGGAAUAAUCACUAGCCUUGAUUACUUACCAAAUUAGACAUGAAGCUACAACUAUCUAAUGUUUCUCUUGUUCUAUUAAUCUCCACACUGUCUCUCUUUGGCUUGAUUGUAUCUGCUGCUGACUUGAACUCUGACCGACAAGCUCUAUUGGAGUUUGCUUCUGCUGUUCCACAUGCUCCAAGGCUCAACUGGAACGAAUCUUCUUCAAUCUGUACCUCAUGGGUUGGUGUGACUUGCAACUCAAAUCAUACUCGUGUCGUAGGUAUCCAUCUUCCAGGAAUUGGACUAACCGGUUCGAUUCCGGAGAACACAAUAGGAAAACUAGAUGCUCUAAGAGUUCUCAGUCUUCAUUCCAAUGGUCUUGGAGGGAACCUUCCUUCUAACAUCCUCUCAAUUCCUUCACUCCAAUUUGCACACCUGCAGAAAAACAACUUCUCAGGUCUAAUUCCUUCUUCUGUCUCUCCUAAACUAGUUGCAUUGGAUAUUUCCUUUAACUCCUUCUCUGGAAGCAUACCAUCUGCAUUUCAGAACCUUAGAAGACUCACUUGGUUUUAUCUCCAAAACAAUUCUAUAUCUGGACCUAUCCCUGACUUCAACCUUCCAAGUCUCAAAUACUUGAAUUUGAGCAAUAAUAAAUUGAAUGGAUCAAUUCCAAAUUCUAUCAAAACAUUCCCUUCUUCUGCUUUUGUCGGAAACUCUCUCUUAUGUGGUCCACCUCUUCUUAAUUAUUGCUCUUCAAUCUCCCCUUCUCCAUCUCCUUCCCCUGCAUCCACACAAAUCCAGAAAGCUACUGUCGCUCAUAAGAAAAGCUUUGGCGUAGCUGCUAUACUUGCUUUAGUCAUUGGAGGAAUUGCAUUCCUCUCUCUACUAGCUUUAGUGUUCUUUCUAUGCUUUUUGAAGAAGAAAAACAAUAAAAGAAGUGGCAUUCUGAAAGGAAAAUCUUCAUCUUGUGCUGGAAAAGCUGAAGUUUCAAAGAGUUUUGGGAGUGGAGUGCAAGCUGCUGAAAAGAACAAGCUAUUUUUCUUUGAAGGUUCAUCUUAUACCUUUGACCUUGAGGAUUUACUAAAGGCCUCAGCUGAAGUUCUUGGAAAAGGGAGCUAUGGUACAGCAUACAAGGCUGUUUUGGAGGAGGGAGUGACAAUGGUAGUUAAAAGGUUGAAGGAAGUUAUGGUAGGAAAGAAGGAGUUUGAACAACAGUUGGAUAUUGUUGGGAGAAUCGGACGCCAUCCAAAUGUUAUGCCACUUCGAGCUUAUUACUACUCCAAAGAUGAGAAACUUUUGGUUUACAGUUACAUGCCAGAAGGCAGCUUGUUUUUCUUGUUGCAUGGAAACAAGGGUGCAGGAAGAACACCAUUUGACUGGAAUUCAAGAGUGAAGGUUGCACUUGGAGCAGCUAAAGGAAUUGCUUUCAUUCAUACCGAAGGGGGCCAAAAAUUUACACAUGGAAACAUCAAAUCAACCAAUGUACUAAUAACAGAAGAAUUUGAUAGCUGCAUUUCUGAUGUUGGAUUACCACCUCUGAUGAAUGCACCAGCAACCAUGUCAAGAACCAAUGGAUAUAGAGCUCCAGAAGUAACAGAUUCCAAAAAGAUCACACAGAAGUCCGACGUAUACAGCUUUGGCGUGCUGCUACUCGAAUUGCUAACAGGAAAGGUUCCAAUGAGAUAUCCGGGUUAUGAGGAUGUUGUUGAUCUUCCAAGAUGGGUUAGAUCUGUUGUGAGAGAGGAAUGGACAGCUGAAGUAUUUGACGAAGAACUUCUUAGAGGACAAUAUGUCGAAGAGGAAAUGGUGCAGAUGCUUCAGAUUGCACUUGCAUGUGUGGCUAAGACACCAGAUAUGAGGCCUAGAAUGGAUGAAGCUGUUAGAAUGAUUGAGGAAAUUAAAAAUCCUGAGUUUAAGAACAGAACAUCCUCUGAAUCUGAAUAUUCUAAUGUGCAGACACCAUAAGUUAACUCACUCUUUUGCCUAUGUCAACAGAUAUGUUCAACCAAUAAGCACAUUUUUCUUUGUUGUAAAAGUUUUAUUAGUGUAUCACCUUAUUUUUUAUCUUUUGAAGCUUUUGGCUAAUUGUUGUUUAGUCAAUGGAAAUAAUUCAAGUUUUAUCCCCCCUGAAGCUUUUGUAUAUUUCACUAUACAUUGGUUGUUCAUAUUUUUGUAAUAGCUUCAAUUUAAUGUUUGAGUAACAGAGGAA